GCGCGUGCACUUGCGCACGCACGCUGGACAGCCCUCUCUCCUCCUCGCGCUGGUGGCAGACCUACACAGUGUCGUGGCGUUUAGGGUGCUUGAGUGUCCGCACCAACUCUGUCACAGCGAGAGCCGCGGCUUCAGCCCCAGCUGUCCACAAACCGAGAGCAGGUUGUAGUACGCGAACAGCGAAGCGAAGGAAAAGAAAAGUAGUUGUUGAGGAAGGGAAACAGGUCGGAGGGAUAUUUCAGGUGCACUUUAUUAGCAGACUUUGAUAGGUCGUUUGCUCCGCGUAUUACCGGACGGGAGAUACCAGAAGUAGAAAGGAAAACGAGUUGGACGUUUCCUUUCUUCCGCAAAAAAAGAGAUGGCAUCAACUGAGUCGCGGCUCCAGCAGCAGCCCUCGCAGAAGGAUGCAGCCGACCAGAACUUUGACUACAUGUUCAAGCUGCUGAUCAUUGGCAACAGCAGCGUGGGGAAAACUUCCUUCUUGUUCCGCUAUGCCGACGACUCCUUCACCUCCGCUUUCGUCAGCACCGUGGGCAUUGACUUCAAGGUCAAGACUGUCUUCCGCAAUGACAAGAGGAUCAAGUUGCAGAUCUGGGACACGGCAGGGCAAGAACGCUAUCGCACCAUCACCACAGCCUACUACAGAGGAGCCAUGGGCUUCCUGCUCAUGUAUGAUAUCACUAACCAGGACUCCUUCAACGCAGUUCAGGACUGGGCAACACAAAUCAAGACAUACUCGUGGGACAAUGCUCAGGUGAUCCUGGUUGGUAACAAGUGUGACCUGGAGGAUGACAGGCUUAUACCCACAGAGGAUGGCCAGCGACUGGCUGAGGAGCUAGGUUUUCAGUUCUUUGAGGCCAGUGCCAAGGACAACAUCAACGUCAAGCAGGUGUUUGAACGUCUAGUGGAUGUUAUCUGUGAGAAGAUGAACGAGAGCAUGGAAGGAGACGCCAACCUCAUAGCCAACCACAGCAACCAGGGCCUUAAAGACUCACCUUCAGAGAGCCACGGGGGCUGUGCUUGCUAAACCAUCUGCCUUCUUAGUCUCCCAACACACACACACACGCACACACACACACACGCACACACGCACACACACACACACUGAAGAAUAACUUGUCUGUGCCUCAACCAUGAAAAGUGCCGCACCUCCCCUUUCACUUGAGCCAUACCGAGCUCUGCCCCAUCCACACAGCACAGAUAAUCUUCAGCACAUCCUCCUCCUCCUCAGACCUGUCUUUCCUUCGAAGAGACCCACUCUGUCACUUUCUUUCUCUUAAGGGAGACUUUAAGCCGCCACAUACACCUCUUUGACUGCUGUAGCCCCAUUAACUACCACGUGAAAUCUAGUGAAACAUUUAUUCAGUGCAUUCAGUUUUCUUAGACAAAUAUUUUUAUAGACAGCAACAAGCUAGCUAUCAGUUUAUCUUGAAAAUUUUGAUUUGAUCGAUGAACUGUUUAAAUGUGUUAUACUGUAGAAACCAGUAAUGUCAAGUUCCAAUAGGACUUGUCUUCGGUCUAAUAUUUAUUAAGGUAUUGAUUUCUGAUGGAUUUUAGCAGCUCCGAGACGUUUUGUGCUUGAUGAGUCUUGUCCAGGAUGCUCCCCUCUAGGGACUGAUUAAAGGAAGGAAACAUGAAGGAGUCUUGCACAGCGUGCUGAAAGUUUUCAGCAUUGCCAACCCUCAAGGGCAAGUUUGACAAGAACUCUGCUUUCUUGUCAGGAGUAAAAAAAAAAAAAAAGUACCACUGCUGCAUAUGGUAAGUAAAACUACUGCCUAGAGCUGGUUAACUUAGCCAAGCAUAAAGACAUCGAUAUACUAAACUUCAUAUUCAAAACAUACUUAGACUCACUUAGAAUAUAGUAAGUCAGUAGAAGCGUAAUAACUACUGUACAAACACGUGUGACCAGUCUACUCCAGUCUAGAGCUUCCCUUCACCUCUUCUUCUUGCUGUUUACUAAAUGUCAGGUCUGCCACACAGUGUGAUGUACUAGUGUCAGCAAGCCCCUCAUGUGACAUGUCCUCUGUCCACCUUCUGUCUCACACACACAAACACACACAUAUUGCUCCCUUAACUGUAGCAUGGUACUGUGUUUAGUAGGUGAGCAGUUACAAUGUGGUGAAUUAUCUUUUUUUCCCUUUGUUUGUUACUGACACGACUGUUUUCAAGAAGUGCAGCACAUUAUGUGUGUUUGUGCCCAGAAAGGGGGACAACCACUGAUCUGUGAGGACGAUAAGUCCGGACACCAACCGUGCUGUUGCAACUAUCAGGAGGAACAGUGAGCCGGUGCAGAGCAUCACUUUAUUCCCCAUUACUGUUAUAAAUCAAUGUGAAUAAAAUGCAGUUUUAGAAUGACUCCACAUAAUUGUAUUUUAUACAUCUUGUUUUGUUCCUGCUGUUUGGACAAGAUUUCAGUGUUGAAAGGUCAGUUUGACCCUCCUGAAAGCGUCAUCCUGAUGGGAAAGAUUGAAAUUUGGAGCGUCUUUUGGAUUUCACCACAAAUCAGGGAUGGGAAUACAAGAAUUGUGUGUUGUUGUUUUGUUUUGUUUUGAAAUCUUUUUAUUUUUAUUAUUACCAUCCAUGUGCAGACUGUUGACUGUCAGUUAGUAUUAACCAUAGCCUCUGUACAGCGAUAGCAGCCUCACACUGCUAACUGCUGGUCAGCCCACUCCCUGCUACUGUACGAGCCUGCGGCCACUUAUCGCUCGUGUCAGCAUGUGCUGCUGAAUAGUGAUAUAGUUUGACAGGUAUUAGAUGUUAUCAUAUCACGUGUCUGUGGCAUGCUGCGCUUUGAUGCAGGGGUCUAAAAUAGGGAAGUUGUGUGCAAGAUCAGUAAUUCAUAACACUAUUUGUAUUAUAUCAUGCAGUUUUGCAGUGUAUUAAAAUGGCAUGCAAAAACCA